UUUAAUAAAUAGGAAAUCAGUGAGUGAAGUCUAAAGCAGAAUUAAACUAAUGAGACACAAUGACUGUGUCACAGGAAGUGAGAGGAACCUGCGAGUGUGUUUGCAGGAACCAGACUAACUUCAGUUUAAAUCUAAACUAACAGUGAGAACUGACUGUUUUCAGUGCGGGUCUUCAGACUAACUCGUCCUGUCUGCAUGUGUUCGCUUUUAGUGGACUUGUGACGGAUUUGAAAACAUUUAGGAGAGAAAUGACAGAGAAAAGUCCCGGAGCAGCGCUUCACGCGGCAGCACCGAGGACAGAUUUAAAGUGUUUCCAUUGCAAACACAAACAUGUUGAAAGCUUUAUUUGACUUCCAUGAACAGAGACACUUGUCGUCUUUGCGUGUGGCUCAGUGUCACAGCUCAGCUCUGCUCCAGGUGAGUGUUGGACAGGUGUUUAGCGGCAGAGAAAGCACAAAGUGACUCCGUGUUCCUGCUGCACGGCGCAGGCAGGCUGGGCUGAGUCUCCACGGUUCUCAUGGUGUGUUUAAGGCCCUCUCGUGUCGGACAUUCCUCCAUCAGUCACAUCAGACACUUCGUUUGAAUCUCUCUGACAGCGCGAUGGCAGAAGUCGCCCCAGCCGCACCCGCAGCCGCUCCGGUCGCUCCGGCUAAAGCACCGAAGAAGAAAUCCACCAAGCCCAGCAAGAAGACCGGUCCCAGCACCAGAGACCUCAUCCUGAAGGCCGUGUCCGCCUCCCAGGACCGGAAAGGUAUGUCUUACGUCGGCCUGAGGAAAGCGCUGGCUGCCGGUGGCUACGACGUGGAACGCAAGGGAGUCCACGUCAGACGCUCCGUCAAGAGUCUGCUGACGGCCGGACAGCUGGUGCAGACCUCGGGGUCAGGCGUGUCCGGAUCCUUCAAGGCUGCCAAGGUGGAGAAGAUCAAGAAGGCAGCCAAGAAAUCCGCCGUCAAAGCCACCAAGUCACCAGCCAAGAAGGCCACCGUCAAGAAGCCCAAAGUCAAGACCACACCCAAGACCAAAGCUGCUACACCAAAGAAGAAGCAGUCCGUCAAGAAGGUGACAAAGAGCCCGGCCAAGAAGGCUGCUGCCCCCAAGAAGGCUGCUGCUGCUGCCCCCAAGAAAAGUGCAAAGAAGGCCGUGAAAGCCAAGACCACCAAACCCAAAGCCAAGAAGGCUGUGACCAAGAAACCAGCCAAGAAGUGAACCUGCUGCACCUGUACCCACCAAAAGGCUCUUUUAAGAGCCACACACCUGAGCCUGAGAGCAAACUUCCUGAGAACACUGUGUGAAUGUCAGUUGAAAAACUUUAUUCAGUUUGUUGAAAUGCUUUGACAGCUUCUCGAUGUUGUGACAGCUCACGUACUGUGAUGGGUCGUGGUCUGCAGAGUGGGAUGAACCCAGAUGAACCCAGUACCCGACCCACGUGGACUGAGGCCAAUUCCAGAGAUCUUAUGGUGAAUGGUAAAUGUGCAACGAUGAAUUUAGAUUCACUUUGAACAAUAAGAAUACAUGAACAGUCAUCAGGGGUUACUCAGAAUGUUUUAAUGGAUAAAGUUCUGAUAAAAGUUCUGAUGUUUCCAAAUGUAGUGUUGCCACUUAAACUAGCAAAUGAUCACAGACAAAGUCUGAAAGCUUCGAAAUGAGAAUUUGUUAUGUUCAGACUGUAUUUAACAAUAUAAUAGACAAUGAUAUUAUAUUUGUGUCAGACUGAGGAGUGCUCAGGGUGAGGUGGUGCAGACUAUAUUCAAUGACUGAACAUGAAUAAUCACAAUCAACAAGAUGAA